AUGAUUCGCUCGCUUUCCGCGCAAGCGCUCGUCGUUUCAUCAACUUGCGAUCGAGAGGGCUUGGAAUUUUCAUCCUCUGUAGAGUCGUUCGUCUCUGGUUUUACGCUAUGCCCUUUUGAAAACUGCUUCUCUUCUGGCGAAAGCGACUCUGUCAUCGAAGUUCCUCUUGUAUCAUCAAAGAAUUCGUUAUCAAUCAUAUCACUCUUUAUGACAAAAUCCUUACAUCCUUUACCGAAUUCUGUUGUUCCCAUCCCCCUAUGAAUGCUGCAGUCUGCUGUGAGGUUGACGACAAAUUGUUCGAUCUUUCUGAACCAUUGUUCUCCGGUUCGCGCAGUUCCUCAUCAGGAACAUCCAGUUCAAGACUGCAAUAUUGAGACUCCUCAUCUACAACCGUUUCAUGAAGAAAUUUGCUUUCCUCUAUGCAGGCCUCUGAGCCCUCCAUAGGUUCACAUGAAAUAGGAAUAAGUUGGUAUUUCUUCAAGAUGUCGCACAGAUCUUCUCGAGUGACUUGGGCAAGCCGUGAAGCUUUCAAAGAAAAAUCUCGUUUGAGCAAUGCAAGUACAUGAUCCAUUGAAUACUCUUCUAAAAGAGUUUUAA